AUGGGGUCCCCAGGACCGAGUUUGGGCAGACCUAUCAAUUCUUUUUUUUCGCCCAUUUCGAAGAAGAGAGCUUCGGGAGAGGAAAAUGAGAGAGAGGAUGCCCAAGAACAUGUUGGACGGGUGAAGAAGCUGAAGCUAUCAGGCAACGGAAAGACGGAGUCACCCACUUCUUCAGUGUGUCCAGAACUGCUGGCCCGAAUCGCCAAAAACAAGCAAGCAGCGUUGGAGAAACUGUGCGCCAGUAACACACCGGAUGAAUUUGGGGAGAGUUGGCGAAAGAGUUUGGGCUCUGAGUUUGGAAAGCCUUAUUUCAGAAACUUGAUGUCUUUCGUUGAUGGAGAGAGGAAACUGAACACUGUCUACCCACCCCCUCAGCAUGUUUUCACCUGGACACAGAUGUGUGACAUCCAAGAUGUCAAGGUUGUAGUCCUCGGCCAGGACCCAUAUCACGGUCCAAACCAAGCCCAUGGAUUAUGCUUCAGUGUGCAGAGACCUAUCCCACCUCCACCCAGCUUAUUGAAUAUGUACAAAGAAUUGGCGUCUGAUAUAGAGGGCUUCCAGCACCCUGGACAUGGAGAUUUAACUGGAUGGGCUAAACAAGGUGUCUUGUUGCUCAAUGCUGUGCUGACCGUCCGAGCGCACCAGGCCAACUCUCAUAAAGACAAGGGAUGGGAAACCUUCACUGACGCUGUGGUGCAGUGGCUCAGCUCCAACCGGGAGGGCCUCGUCUUCAUGCUGUGGGGGGCCUAUGCUCAGAAGAAGGGAGCAGCUAUUGAUAGGAAACGUCACCAUGUCCUCCCCACUGUACACCCCUCCCCUUUAUCUGCUCAUCGAGGGUUCUUCGGAUGCAAGCACUUUUCCAAGACCAAUGAGUUGCUGGAGAAAUCAGGGAAGGAGCCCAUAGACUGGAAGGCACUUUGAGAUGUCCCACACGCCUUAUUUUCACGGUGUGGAUUCCAAAAUGCAACUAACUAGAUUCAUCACUACUGUUACCAAACCAUAAGCUUAUGGUAUUAUUUUUGUUAUCAAGUAUCUGGGUGACGUGUGUAAAUGUGUACUGCAGUGGGCAAGACCAUACUAUAUUCCUUUAUUGGCAGAUUAUAGUUUUCACUCUGGUUUGCAGUUUGCACCCUUUAAAAUGUAAUUGGAUUUGAUCUACAUUCAAGCUAAGUAAUACCUCAUCAACAAGUAUCACUUUGGUAUGUCAAAACAUAGCAGCUACAUCAAGGUUUCCCAAACUCAGUCUUGGCCCUACCUCUGGGUGCACAUUUUGGUUUUUGCCUUAGCACCAGACAGCUGAUUCAAAUAAUCAAAGGUUGAUGAGUUGGUUAUUUGAAUCAGAUUUUUUUUUAGGAAACCCAGGACUGGGUUUGGGAAACCUUGAGCUAAAUGUGGCUGGUUUGUAAAUAUGUAAUUAUUCUGUUCUUGGUUUUUAGUAGAUUUUGUAUUAUUCUUUUCUACUUUAAAAAUAAACAUACUGUUAUUCAAGGCUGUUUUGUGAUACUGUAAUCAAUAAGAAGAAUAUUUUUAGAAUGUUUCCUCUGGGAUUGAUGCCUCUAUGUCAGGGUUUCCCAAACUCAGUCCUGGGGACCCCAUGGGGUGCAUGUUUUGGUUUUUGCCCUAGCAAUACAGAGCUGAUUAUAAAAUAAUCAACUAUUCCUAAAGUGUUGAUAUAUUUCAAUCAGCUGUGUAGUGUUAGGGCAAAAAACUAAAUGUGCACCCUUUGGGGUCACCAAAACCGAGUUUGGGAAACGAUGCUCUAAGUUGAUGACAUGUUUAAGGUAAAAAAAAAAAAUGUUUAAAAGUGAUGUGCUGCAUGAGGUGAGGGGGGGAUUCGAUUGCCUGGGUGUUUUGCGCCGGGUGAAAGUUGAUUGUAUUUGUUUUGGAACCGGCUGCCUCGCGGGCUUGAGCCUGGUGCCCAAUUUUAUAUGUAAUGUAAGUGCUUUAAUAUGUUUGGACCCCAGGAAGACUUAAUGGGGAUCCCUAAUAAAUACAAAGCCCACAACUACAUUGGCAAAAGAGAAGUGGUGUAAAAAUCA